AUCAUAACAUAACCUGCAAGAGCUACAUGGCAAUCAAGUUAAACAUAUCCAUUAGUACUAAUACAAUAUUACAGAAUUGUGUACUCAAGACUUACCAAAAAUACGCUGUGGUUAAAAAAAACGAAUUAAAUAGUUUUAAGACGUUUAACAACUCUUUUUAAAUUGAAUUGGAGGUUACGUCCGUAUGGUUACCUAUACUGUUUUAGAAUCUACGUAAUCUAAGUUUCUGUAAAAUAAAAUAAUUAUGGAAUCUACGGUUUCGGCUUUUGCUGUGUACAAUUCUCAAAAAAAAGAAUCCAAAAAGAGACAUCGUAGAAGAAAAAUUAAACAACCGGCAUCGCCAAAAGUGUUAAUAAAAGAUGUUGGAGAAGACCUGAUGAAAAACAUCGGAUUAAAACUUAAACAAAAACAGAAAAAAAAUAAGGACUCCAAACAUAUCAUUAAAAAAAAAUCACACAAAAAAAAGAAAUCUAAAAAAAGUCCAAAAAAGUUACCUAUUCAAAAUUUGAACUUAAGCAAACAAAGUUCCGAAAGCGAUGAGGUUCCUGAACUCUAUAUGUCUCCUGUGACAGAAUAUGUUGAAAUGCCCAGUCAUGAUGACAGAGCUUGCUCUCAUUCCAGCAAUGACAGCUUUGAAUUCACACCCGUACAAACAGAAAGUACAGAAGAAGGAUUGAAAGUAUUCAAAUGGAUGAUAGCUCCUUUUAGUCCUGACGACUUCCUUAACCAAAUAUGGGAAAAGAAACCACUGCAUAUUGCUAGGAAAAAACCCCAAUAUUAUAAUGAAAUUAUUUCAACACCAAGCAUUGACACAAUGUUGAGAACAGAAAAUAUUCAAUUUACUAAAAAUAUUGAUAUAACUUCAUACAUUGAUGGUAAAAGAGAGACUCAUAAUCCUGAAGGCAGAGCUCAUCCACACUUGGUGUGGGACUUUUAUUUAAAUGGCUGCAGCAUAAGGUUAUUAAACCCACAGACAUAUAUGUCUCGCCUACAUUUACUAAAUGCUACUCUUCAAGAGUUCUUUACCUCUUUUGUGGGUGCUAAUGCAUAUCUUACUCCUCCAGAUAGCCAAGGAUUUGCACCACAUUAUGAUGAUAUUGAAGCAUUCAUUUUGCAGACUGAAGGUAAAAAACAUUGGCGUAUUUAUAAACCAAGAGAAGAAAGUGAAGUACUUCCUAGAACUUCAUCAAAGAAUUUUACGGAUGAUGAAAUAGGAGAACCAGUUCUAGAGGUAACUUUAGAAGCUGGGGAUAUGUUGUAUUUUCCUCGAGGAUAUAUACAUCAAGGCAUUACAAUUGAUGGAGAGCAUUCUCUACAUGUAACAAUCAGUAUGUAUCAAAAACAUGCAUGGGCUGAUCUAUUUGAAAAAAUGAUACCAGCUGCAUUACAAAUAGCUAUUAAUGAAAAUGUAGAACUGAGACGUGGAUUGCCUUUUGAUAUCUAUGAUAAUUUUGGUUUAGUACACUCUGAUGUCAAUACACCACGUAAGACGGAAAUAGAGAACCUUGUCAAAAACUUAUUUGAUAAAAUUAAAGAUUACUUGCCUAUUGAUGAGGCUGUAGAUCAAAUGAGUAAAAAAUUCCAACAAGAUGCUCUUCCUCCAGUGUUGAGUGAUUUAGAAAAAGCUGUUACAGUAUAUGGCGAUACAGAUGUCAUGAUAGAGAAUGGAAAGGUAACAAAUAGAGUUGAGAUUAGUCUAGAUACUAAGAUAAGACUAUUGCGUAAAAACAUUUUAAGAAUGGUUUCUGAAGACCACAUAAGACUGUAUUAUCAUGUUGAGAACUCCUUAGAAUACCAUGGAAGUGAACUGCCAUAUUUAGAAAUUGAAGAAGAUUUGGCACCAGCUAUUGAAACUUUAAUAACUUCAUAUCCAGAGUAUGUGUCAGUUGAAAACUUGGAUGUGCCUAAUGAAUCAGAUAAGUUACAAAUAGCUGAUGCCCUAUGGAGCAGGGGUUUGAUUAUGACAGAAUAUCCACUAGAAAAUAUUGAUGAUGACUGAAUUAUUUGAUUUGUUCUUAUUACACUAGUUUUGAUAA